AUGCGAGGGACGUCCCGACGCGCUGUCCCACGUCCUAUCCCGGCCCGGGCUUUGCCCCAGGCUUGCGCGCGGCGCAACGGAGCCCCGCCCCUUAGCGCCCGGCGCACCGCGCCGGCGCAGUUCGAGGGCAGCGCUCGGGGCCGCAGGCGCGAGCGCUGUACUGCGCAGGCGCGGCACACGGCCCGCCCUCUCGCGGGCGUAGGCGGGAGCGCGGACGUCUGGGCAGAGUUGGGCCCGGCCCGGCCGGUUCUUCGGCGCGUAGGCGGGUCGCCUCUCCUCCUUCCACCCCAGCCCGUGCUUGCUAGGGGUUCUGAGGCCUGUUGA